AUGGGAAAGUUUAUCGCGAACAUAAUUAAUGAUUUUCUCAACCGAGUCCGUGGAAUUCUUGGCACCCAGGAACCCGAGUUUUGUCAAAAGUUAGAAGAUGAAUUUUACCAACCCGAAGCAGACGACCAGAAAGGCAAAAAAUCCGCUUCCGCUCCCCGUUCUCUCAAAUCCGACUUUACUGGUGGCUUAAUAAUCAGUGGUUCGUCGUCCUCAUCAGUUAAUUCUGAAGAUUUAUAUAAAAAAUUAGAAAAGGCUCUCGAAAUUUUUAAUCAAGUAGUUGACGGAAGAGGGGAAAUAGAAAAUUUUUUUCGCCAAAUUGAAAAGAUAACUGAUGCGGAAAAUAGUCAAUUAGAAAACAUUAAAAAAGAAGAAUUAACAAAUAGUAGUAUUAGUGAUGAUAUUGCGAAAUUUAAGAGAUUAACAAGGGAAAUUGAGGUUUUGACGCGACAAAUAAAAGUUGCUGAGGAGAAUUUAAAAAGAACCCCAGAGGAAGAUAGAGACGAGAAAAAUACUAGAGCGAAAGACGAAGAUAACAAUAAUUCAGUACAAUUAAGUGGAAAUAUUAGGAGACUUGCUGAUAAAAUUGAAAAUAUUGUUGGAAGUCUCAAAGGUGAAGAAGGUAAAAAACAACUAAAAGAAUAUAAUGAAAAUACCGAAAAUCAGGAAAAAUUCAAAAACGAAUUAAGUGAUAAAUAUGGCCUUGAUUUGCCUCAUUCUUUAUUCCUGGAAGAGGACGGAAAAAUAAAAGAAAGAGAAGCGGGCAAAGUUUAUUUAAGAGAUGUUUGUCAGCACAACACCCAACUGACGGAAGGAACCGCCAAUAUUACCGCAGUCAAAUUUCGGCAAGCCACUGCUAGUUUAAUUGGUGAUAAAUUAUGUUCCGAGGAGAAUUUGUCCGAAUUAGAUUUAGAUAAUUCAGUCCAACAAAUUAAAAACUAUUUUGCUAAUUUUGGCAUAAAACCAGAAGACUAUAGUUUUUUUACCUAUUUUCCUCUGCUUGCCAGCCAAAUUAGGGAGAAAGACCAAAAAAAAGUAUUAACCGAAGGCAAAGCACUAUUUUGGGAGACAGCAAACAUAGAAAAAUCUUCCGAGAAAAAAACGGAAAAAACUGGCGAAACUCCGAUUAUUGAAAUUCCGCUUGAUACUACUAACGAUGGUAUUCAUAAAAAAAUAUUUGUCAACGGCAAUUUGGCUAAUCCGUUGACAGUAGAAAUCACUGGACUCGAUAAAAUACAUAAACAUGCUUCUAAAUAUUUUGCUACCUAUAAAAUUCAACCAGUAAUCGUGUCAAUCGUGGAAGAUGGUAACACUCGCAAUAUAAAUAUUAAUGAAUUAAAUUUGCUUUACAAAGAAAUUAAUUUCGAACCUGAUUAUAAUAUGACCGAGGAAGAAAAUAAGUGUGUGGUAAGAGCCGAAGUCCCUGGUCUUAUUGAGGAAUUUGUUGAUUUUAAUAAUCAUUCCUCUUUAAAAAUCGGAGAAAACAAAAUUAUUCAGGUAGGAGACGAAAUUCAAAUAAAAUUCACUGCUAGCGAAGAUAACAAAAAAACCGAUAAAGAAGGAAAUAUUGAAUUAAGGAUUACGGCCGGGAUUUCUGACAAUUUAAAGAAUAUUCUUAAUACCGACUCGCUACUUGACCGAGCCGAAUUAGUCGCUGGAUAUUUAACUUAUUACAAUACUGGAAAUUUAACUUCGGAUGAUUUAGCCAAGGCUUACCCAAUUUAUCAAAAAAUAAAGGGGGGGGAAGUUUCUUUUGCGGACAGUAGCACAGUGGGAUUAGAAAGAAGUAUUGAGGAGUUGAAAAGUCUUGCCGUGAAGUUUUCUAGUGAUUAUCAAGCACUAAUUCCAAUAAUAAGAGAGUUAGAGACAUACUCCGAAUACGCCGAGGAACCAUUAAUGAUAGCCAAAUUAAAAGAUUAUCAAAAGGAAAUUGACACUUAUAAAAACUCCUUUCGUUCCGUCUCAAAUCUUCCAAUUUUUCCGCCUUAUACUGGUGUGAAUUUUCCGCCUUAUGUUGGUGCGGGACUUGAACCAACUGAAUAUCGAAUUUUCCAACUUGAUUACAAUAAAAAAACAGCAAUAAAAAACCAAUUAACGGAAAUUGAAAGUAGUGCCAAAGCAAACGCGGCUGCUUAUCAAAAAGAAUUAGACACUAUUAACGAAAUUUUUCGGAAAAAUAUUACAACUGAUUACAAUGAUAGCAACACCCCAACUGGUUUAAACUUAAAUUUGAUUGAAGAAGAUAUCGCCACUUUACAACAAUUCACUCCCAAAGCUGGUGCCAUAACCGCUUUAUCACAUACUCAACAAGCCCAAGGAAAAAUUUAUAAGUCCCAAGGAAAACGAAUUUUAUUUUGGGAAUUAUCAUUAUUAAAACUCCACUAUAAAGAGAAAAAUAAAGACCUAUUAAGCGAUUAUGAAAAAAAUAAACUCUUAGCCUCUAAUAAAUUAAAAGGAUUAGCAGAAGGUUUUGUUUUACCGAAUUUUCUAGGAGAAAAAGAAGUUAAAACUCUCGACAAUGAUUUUAAUCAAUUAACAACACGUGGGGAAAGUGAACUUGCUAACGGGGUUUUGGAUAAACCUGCUUUAACAAAUUUGAAUGAUUUUAAAAAAAGUAAGUCAACCGAUACCAAAAAUCAAGCCUACCAAGCCAUUAAUAGUCAAAGUGAUAAUCCCAACCGAGCCGAGAAGUUGCUUAAUGCUCUUAAAGAUUUAAAAGCUGCUAAGGAAAGCAGAUUAUUUGACAAAAGUGUCGCGGGAAGUGAAGCGGAUAACUUGGAAACCCGGGAAAAAGUAAAAGCCGCUCACCGAUUAUUAACUACUCUGCGGACUAUUCGCGGAACUGAAACUUUGGACGACUGA